ACGUGAGCGGUUGCUGCGCGGUUUUACUCGCGGAUUGUUUUCGAAUUGCGGCUCCGUUUUGCCGUUAAAUAUAUUACGAUAUAUUCGUGUGUAAAAAAUUAAUAAUAAAUAUGGAUUUGGAAAAUUUAUUUAUUUAGCUAACGUUCGAAAAGAACGACGAAACUGUGAGUGCGUCACGAGUGUACAUAUAUUUUGGAUACGUUUUAUGAAUGAGCGCGGGUGUGAACGAAUUAUUCGAGUAAGAAAAAUAAGCAAAGCGAUAAACAGAGGCACACUCACACGACUGCGAUUAUAAACCACACUCACCAUUUAACAAUAAAGAAAUCGUUUGUUUUUAGAAAACAAAUAAGAAAAUAUAAAAUAAACAGCACGGAAAUUGCAGUGGCAAACAAAACAAACGCAUCGAUUGUCAGGCUUGAAUUUCGCACGGUUUCUACGCUGCCUUUUCCCCCCAAAACAAAAACAACAACACUCCCUUACCCUUUUUUUGAAAGCAAAGAAAUAAUAAAAAUAAAAACUACAUUCAGGAAAAAAUAUAAAGCUAAAUAGUGCAUAAAAAUCGGUUUUCUUUGCGGUUCGGUUCCGUUUUUUAUAUAGUGUGCGUGUGUUUGUUUCUGUUUCCCCCUAUCUAUCUCUCUCUCCUUCUCUUUUUUCCCCACCGCCCGUCUCUUUCCCUCUUCGGAGAGAGAACUGCGGAACGCGUGUGCUUUUGUUUUCGAUUACGUUUACUACAUUUUUUGUACGCCCCAUAGAAAAAAACAUGACGAAAUGUUGUUGUUGAAAACGAGAAAUAAAUACAAGUGAUUACAAAAAUAUAAAAAAAAUAAAUAAACGAAACAACGAAUGUAAAAGAGAAAUUAUAAAGUUCUCAUCUAUACGAAAAGAAAAGUUUUGUGAAGAAAUAUACAAAGCGAAAUUCUAUUUGGUGUUUAUGGAAUUUCCGAUGGUGUUGUGAAACCAAAAAGCAGAAAAAGGAAAAACUUACUGAUACUCUCUUCUCGAGCAGCAACUGCAAACGCAUCUAAAAGCUUGGAGUCUCCGGGACAUUUCGCAUUAAAAUUGCAGCAAAAAAGGUAAAUUAUGCAAAUAUGUUGAACCGUUUUGCCUUUUGCGGUGCAGAUCGUGUGCUUAGAUACGUGCCCGGUGGUAAUCACCCUGCAUGGCUAUACGACAAUGUCCAAUGCUCGCGAGCUGGCAUUGAUCGAGAAAUGGGCUGACAUUGCUACGCCGGCGACGCCGAAUCGGCCGACAUUAUCGCCAACAUCGCCGCCAGCACUCCAUCGAUCCAUCGUGAAAUUCUGCUGCUGCCCGCAGCGAAGGCGCUACAAUCUCAAGCAGACGAAGAGCAAUAACAAGUCGACGGUGAACACGCUGCAUGCCAGAAAUAUAUUCGUCGAUAGCGAUUUCAGCUAUAUUGAUGAUGUGUCGCGGCGACGCCAAGAUUGCCACAGCGAUUACGACGAUUGCAACUACGACUGUGGCGGCGAUAAAGCAGAUGAUGAGGCCAAUGAUAUCGCUGCUGGACCACGAGACGACGGAAAUGUGGCGCUGAUAUUAAUGAAUCAACGAAAUCUGGCCGAACAAUGGCGGCAGGACAACAAAGGCAACAGCAGCAACAGCAACAACAGCAACAAACUAGCAGCAGCAGCAACUAAAACUUGCGCUGUCACAAAGAGCCCGCAAAGUGCCAAUGAGCAACAGCAACACCAGCAGCAACAGCAGCAGCAGCAGCAACGACAACCAACCCAAAGACUAAGCAAUAGCUUGCAACAGCAACAACAGCAACACCAACAACUGCAGCAACAGCAACAGCAACAUAGCAAUAAGGAAAAUACACUAAGCUACGACAACAACAACAAGCCGCACUGUAAUUAUUGUAAAUUACCCGACACCGCCGAGCCCCAAACGAACAGCAAUAGCAAUAGCAACUCGAAAAUUGAUUCACCGAAGUCGUCGCAGAAUAAAAUGACAAUUACGACAGCAACAGAAACGGCAACGGCGGCAACAGCAACAACAGCAACUAGCGAGUGUGGGCUGCCAGCAGCAACAACAGCAACAGCAGCAGCAGCAGCAUCAGAAGAGUUUGUGGGUGCUGCCACAGAAGUGCUGUGCAGCGAUAAAGCAACAUUGACAGCGGCAACACUAGCAACAGCAACACCAGACACACCAGCAACAGCAACAUCUAAGCCCCGCAUUGCAGCUCGUCCGACCACGCCCAGCCGCCUUAAGACUGUGAUCAAAACGACAAUGGUGAAGCGAAGUCCUAGCCAUGACUCAACGGCAACGCCAACAGCAACACAUGUGCUGCUGCCGAACAGCUGCAAUAGCAACACCAGCAACACCAGCAACAGCAACAGCAGCAGCAGCAUUGCAGCCCAUGACGAACCCAGACGUUCGGUUAGGGAGCGCAUCGCCGCCUUUGCGGCAGGAAAUGAGCAACAGCAGGCGACGCGGCAUCAUGACAAAGUCAAGAAGUUAACUAAAAUGCAGUGCAAUAGCAAUACAAAUCAAAACAACAUGACAGGCGAUGUGAAAAGUGCAAUUAGCAGCCAACAGCAGCAGCAACAUCAAACGCUUAUCAACGGGCAGGCGACUGUGCCGGCAGCAACAGGAGGAGUUGCAGGAGCAACAUCUACAGCAUCCACAGCAGCAGCAGCAACAUCGGACUGCACGUCAGCAAUCGCCGCUGACACGACGCGCUACAAAUCGGGAUUAAGUGAUGUGCCGGCCAGCGGAGACGUUGAUGGUCGGCCAGCUCCAACUUCAUCUGCCACCGCUCCGAGCGUUUUUAGCACCGGUUGUGCAACCAUGCCGCGCACUCGCCAAUACGGAAGCAUUGUUGCUGUUGCAGCGGCAACAGGAGCAACGGGAGCAACAGCAACAGGAGCAGCUGGCAACAACACCAUGACAGCUGAUAAGAAAUUCUUGAGCCAGGCGGCGCCCGUUCAGGGGCAUCACCAUCAUCAUAAGCUGCAAUUUGUCGAUAAGGCCGAGUCCGAAUUGGCCGCACUGGACAAUCUGGACCUGGCUCACAACCUCGAUUUACUGGACGUCGAAGGCGAUGAUCCGUACGGACCAUUGCAGGAAUAUGUGGAGCGUGUCAAGCGGGAAAUCAACGAGGUCUUCGAGCUGCGCAAAGUCCAGCGUUUGGAGCAGCAGCUCCGCGAGCAACUGGAGGAGCGGCUUUCGGAGGCAGGAGUCCAGCAGCCUGAUGAAUUGUCUCGUUCCACAGGAUCAGAUAGCGGCUUUGACAGCAGCAGCACCACGGCAACAACAGCAACAACAGCAACAACAGCAACAACAGCAACACCGGGCAAACCAGUGACAACUAAACUAAGGGCCCUGCCCCCGCCGCCCCUCAGUCCCACCAAGACCCCGACGAAAUCCUUGCCCCCUCCACCUGUCCAGGCGGACGAUGUGAACCUUUGGGCCUGCAAGUUUCUACGCGACCUGGACAGCCUGAUGGCCGGCGAUAAGCUGCCCCCGCAUCUGGCAGCCCUGGCCGAAGGAUCCGGUUCCGGUUCGGCCUGCAGUUCGCCCACCUCCAGGACGGCGCCCAUGCUCCUCUCGGCAGCCGCCUCCGCGGCCAUCCAGAGUCGCUACGGCAAGGGCUCAUCCAUCAUGGAGCAUCAACUACAGCAGCAACAGCAGCAGCAGAACGGAGUCCUCUUGAAACCGGAGAAACACUGUAUUCCUUGCCUCUUUCAGGCAACCAUUCCAUUGCAGUCGUUUUACCUUGAUUGCGGACGCAACGAGGCAUCGCCGGCAACCAAUUCGAAUGUUGCCUACAUGCGCACCCUGUCGGCGCCGAAUGGAGGAUUCGGAGGAGGAGUAGGAGCAGGAGGAGCAGGAGGAUCUGCGGGAGCAUCCCUCCCCCCUCAGGGCCAACGCAAGAGCUUGGCCUGCCCCCCACUUAAUGGCCAAGUGGACACAAUAACUCCGACACCGGCAACUCAUAAGCUGACAAAUUUCCAAAGCGCAUUGAAAAUCGAAGAGAUGGCAGCGGCCAAUGGAGCAAUGGCAAUGGCAACAGGUACGGCAACAGGUGAAUCGGUAGCGACCACCAUCGAGGAUUUGAAAUCUAGGCGACAGCGACAAUUGAGCGGCGGCGACAUGGAGACAAUGCUGGCCUCCCAGCCGAUGUCGAUGCCAAAACGGGUGGGCAUUAAUCAUGCGGCGCUGACGAGCAGAAAUGCCAUAACCCCGCCGCCAGCAUCCGCCUCAUCCACAUCCCAUUCCCAAUCAGCCGCCUCGGCCAAAGGCUCCACCUCAGCCACACCCGGCUACCUGGUGGAUGUGACCAAAAAAGGAUCCACAUCGACCAUUUGGACCUCGGAGGAGUCCAUUCUGCGCAGCGUUGGCGCCGUCGAUGAAGACAAUAACUCCACUUCGUCUUCCUCGGCCUGCGAGGAGGCCACGGGUGUCCUCAGUUCCGGGAAAUCGGGCAUCUCACUGGACUCCUCUGGACUGGACAACGAUAAUAAUGAGAGCGGCAUUGGCACGGCCACGCCGCCAAAGGAUAUGUCCCACUACUGGAAGAGCCACCAUAUGCAGCACCACCACCACCAUCAUCACCACCACCACAGGACGGGCGGAAGUGCCCAGGAUAAUGAGUCGGUGAGCAGUUUGGAGGCACUGCGCAAGAUGAAGUUCCAGAAGAGCGGUUCGGUGGCCUCAUCCGAUGACCCUGAUCUCCUCGAGGUCCUUAGCCAAUGUGGCAGUGGUGGUGAGGCAGCCAAUGAAUCCCAGGACGACAUGUUGGACGAGGAAAAGGACAAGGCGGGAAAAUCCCAGGACUACGACGAAUGCCAGGAUGAGUUUGGGAUCUGCGAUUGUGACUGCACCGAUGGCGAUGCCAGCAGUGCCAGUGGUGGAGGUGGUGUCACCGCCACUCCAGUGGUCCUGCGACGCAAGUACACUGCACCACCGCCAAUUCUGGUGCCCAGAACCCAACGGAGUCACUCCCUGGAUCACUACCACUCACCGCAACCCAUGGUGCACCCGCGGAAGGUCCUGCCCAUCCACCACCAUGCCAUCAAGCACAAGGAGAGGGUCCCACUCUCGCUGGCUUUGCGACAGGAGCCCUUCCAAUCGCUCCUCAGUCCUUCAACCACCGCCGCCAAUCAACUGCACCACUUCGUGGAGCUGCCAUCGCCCAGCAGCGCCUCCCUGCACAGCGGACUGGGUGAUUCUGGUGGCAUCCAGGAGCUGUCCACCAAGUCCAACUCGGCGCCGAUGCUGCUCAAGGAGCGUGAGACGAGCCGGCGAUUCGAUGACUUUGCCGCUCAGCAUUUGACACUGCGCUAUUCUCGUUCGCAGAGUGAUCGCUAUUUAGCAGAAAUCGAAGCCGUGGAGGCUUGCAAAUGGCUGCGAGCUGCAGGCUUUCCGCAAUAUGCGCAGAUGUACGAAGAUCAUCAGUUCCCGAUCGACCUGAACAAUGUAGCCAAAGAUCACACCAAUCUCGAGAACGAUCAGUUGCAGUCCCUAUACCGCCGGCUCUGCGUCCUCAAUCGUUGUGCCACCAUGCGGCUGGACCAAUCGCACAAGCCGCAAACACCACAGCAAAAGGAGGAAUCGGAUGAUGAGAACUUCGCCCUGAGCGAGCACUGGACAUUCCAACCGCACAUUCGCCGCUGGUCGCGGAUCGGUGAGAUGGGCCUGGAGCUGCCGCCGCCGGGACUUCUGAGCCUGAAUGUGGAGAAGACGGAGAGCUCGUCGAAGGAGUCGAGUCCGGAUCGGUUCGAGGAGGACGGCGCCGGGAUCACGCUGAUGAUACCGGGGUGCAGCAAGGCCAGCACUGGAGGUGUGGCCACCGAUGGCUCCUCCUUGGGCGAGGGCUCGGACAGCGGUCGUCUGCGGAGGAGUGGCAGCGAGCGGAUCAAGGAUCAGGCCAAGGCCCUGCUCCGGAGGGUGGAGUCCAUCAAAUCGCGACGUCGCAAGCGGCAGAAUCGCGAGAAUGUGGUGAUCAGUGGACCGCAAGUGCUGGACCUCUCGCAAUUUGGCCAGCGGAGUAGUUUGCGCAAACCGGACGCCGUUUAUUCCACCCCGCCCUCACCCUCGGCCCUCAGCCCCAUGCACACAUUCCCCAAGGCGCCGUUCUUCAGCAACGACCUCAAGGUGCCCAGCCACAGCGACAACUUCCUGAGUCCCAAUCGCUCCAGCCCGAAGAGGACACCCACCACGCCACGAUCGAUGCGCACCAGUCCGCUGCACUUCUUCUCCAGUCCGAUGUCGCAACUGAAGGAGGGCAAAUCGGAUGACUCCUCGUCCUAUCACAGUGACAGCCAGGAGUCGUCGACGGGUGGCAAGUUGUCCCUGCGAAAACCCUCCAAGGCCCGCCGAUUCCUGCAGCGCACGGGAAAGGUCGAUGAUAUCGGGGCCCAUUCCGAUUCCGAGUGUCACCAGGGACGCAAGCUGCUCAUCAAGGAUGCCAAUUCGAAUACCACCGAGGUGAAGGUGAAGAAACUAACACGCGGAGGCUCACUGAACUUGGGCAAGGACUCGAAGAAGCGGGAAGGUGGCUUCCGUUCGUCAUCGUUCCGCUCGCGAAGCACCUCGCGAAAGGAGGCCAAGAAUGAUGAUCAGGAUCAGGCCGGAGGUGGGGCAGCAAAUGGUGGUUCCAAGCGACAGCCAGUGGUGCGCUGGCACAGUUUCCAGAUGGAGGAGCGACCCAAUAUGAUAUUCCGCAAGUGCUUCUCGAAGAAAAUCGAGCCACUGCAAGAGGACAAUGGUGGCAUUCCAUUUGCCGCCAUGUCAGCGGGUCAGCUGCAGAUAAUCCGAAAACUGGCACUGGUCACUUUAACCGGACACAUGGAGCGGUACUGCCCUUCGCAUCGAUCGGGCUGGAAUUGGGAGCUGCCCAAGUUCAUCAAGAAGAUCAAGAUGCCGGACUACAAGGACAAGAAGGUGUUCGGGGUGCCGCUUCUGAUGAUCCUCCAGCGCAGUGGACAAACCCUUCCCAUGGCAGUGAGAGCUGCCUUCCGCUGGCUGCAGCUGAAUGCCCUCGAUCAGGUGGGAAUUUUCCGGAAGAGCGGUGGAAAGUCGCGAAUCAUCAAGCUGCGCGAACAAAUCGAAGUCACCGAUUCCACCGCCGAGUGCAUGGAUGUUUUCGAUCUGCAACAGGCCUACGAUGUGGCCGACAUGCUGAAACAGUAUUUCCGCGAACUACCCGAAUCUCUGCUGACCACCAAGAUGUCCGAGACCUUUGUGGCCAUCUUCCAACAUCUCCCAGCUGAAGUGCGUCUGGAUGCUGUGCAAUGUGCUGUGCUCCUGCUGCCCGAUGAGAACCGGGAGAUCCUGUACGUGCUGCUCGAGUUCCUGACCAUUGUGGCGGCCAACUCGCCGCAGAACCAGAUGACCAGCAACAAUCUGGGAGUGUGCUUGGCCCAGUCCAUCUUCCACUCGUCCAUCUCGACGGGAUCCGCCUCCGUCUCCGCUUCCCCGCGUCGCAAGGGCAAGGGAUCCGGAAUGCCGGACAUGAAGGAGCUGGCGGAGGCCAAGGCCUCGCACGAGUGCCUGUCCUUCAUGAUCGAGCACUACAAACAGAUCUACACGGCCGCCAAGGAGAAGCUGAGCAAGUGCAACUUCAGCUACAUGGAGGAGUCGAAGCCCCUUCCUUUGGAGGCCUUGGGCGAGGGCAUGCAGUUCCACAACUGGCGGGGAUAUCUCUACGAGUGCACCAGUGCCACCAUCAAGGAGGGUCGCGAAAAAACCCGCGGCUGGUUUAGCAUUAAUUCGUUGACCGACAGUAAUGUGGACAUUGCCUACAAGAAGGUGGGCGAUGGCCAUCCGCUGAGACUUUGGCGCUGUGCCACGGAGAUCGAAGGACCUCCACGAGAGGUCCUCGAGUAUGUGAUCAAGCAGCGAGCCUCUUGGGAUGCCAAUCUGCUGCAGUGUCAGACGGUGAAGAAGCUGGAUGAUCGCACGGAGAUCUAUCAGUAUGCGCUGGACGGCCAACUGACCACUGACUUUUGUGUGUUGCGUUCCUGGCAAACGGAUUUGCCGCGCGGUGCCUGCGUUAUAGUGGAGACCUCGAUCGACCAUGCCAAGGCCAAGCCCCUUUUCGGGGCGGUAAGGGGCGUGGUCCUCGCCUCGCGGUAUCUCAUCGAGCCUUGCGGCAGCGGAAGAUCAAGGGUGAUGCAUCUGGCCAGAGUGGAUGUGAAGGGCAAAACACCGGAGUGGUAUAACAAAAACUACGGGCACAUAUGCUCGCACUACUUGUCGCGCAUUCGAUUGGCCUUCAAACACGUGGCCGAUGGACCCGAGAGCAAGGUCUAAAAGGAUCACUAUAAAUAUAUUUGAAGAAGGAUAAAACCAUCGCCUUCGAUGGAUGUUCGCUGUAUUCGUUGUCUGUCGCAAAACUGACGCAUUUAUACGUAAAUAUAUGAUAGUUGAGGAGGAUGAAGCUAACCCCACUUCGAACAACCCAACGAUUACGCAAGAAAAUCCAAUUAAACCCACGGACCACAACCACGAGCUUGAGUUUCAUCCUGCGAAAAGGUGAAGCGAGACCAGAGAGAAUAUAUUCUUGUAAAUACACUUUGUAGGUUUCUUAAUUUAGUUUUCGACUUAGACUUAACUAUUUAGUUUACUGUAUUAUAUUUAUACGUGGUCCUAAUUUAUACGCAUACUUUUACUGUACGACUAUUGAAAUCUAACAUCCAAAAUACUCAACACACGUAAAUAUCACAAAGUAUAUGUAUCUUUAACGAUUUCUCUUGCUAAAGUUUACAUCUACGUUUACGGCACUCCAAAUGUCUUUAAUGUUAAUUAGUUUGUAGUCUUGGCAAUAUGUUAAAACGUAUAUUCGGGAAAACAGAAAACAGAAAAAAGCAAAUGCAACCUUAAAAUGUGUAAAGCAAAUUCAACUAGUCAAAUUUUAUAAAUUUAAGUUAAAGUACUAACCCCAAAUACACUCAUCAACAAGACCACUUUGCCACUCAAUAGUUUUGUCAGGAGUUAUCGAUUGAUUUGGCUUCAGAUAUUGAUUGAUUGACACCGCAUUACCUGAAAAAGUGUCUAUUGAUCAAAAAAAAAUGUAUGAUUGUAUCCAAUAUGCGGUGUAAAAUCGGAAUUAUUAUCUCUAUCAUUAGUUUAUGGAUGUGCCCUAAGAUCCCCGAUCAAUAUAUAUAUAUACAUACUAUACUAUACUAUAGUUUUAUAUGUGUCUAUAAAUACGCUACCACAUAAAUCUUUAAUCGAGUGUACGAGUUACCCAUGAAUGCUGGCAAUGACAAGGAAUAAGUAAACCAGAAACACAUAAACCCGAUGUCAAGUGGAUAGAACGGAGCAGUAACUCAAAUAUUCGAUGCAUAAAGGAAAACGCAAUAAAAGUACAUAUUAUGGAAAUGCGAAAAACAUAAA